AUGUCGUCCGACGAGAUUGUCUGGCAGGUGAUCAACCAGCAAUUCUGCGCCUACAAGCUGAAAACCACCAAAAACCAAAACUUCUGCCGAAAUGAAUACAACGUGAGCGGUCUCUGCAACCGGCAGUCCUGCCCUCUGGCCAACUCCCGGUACGCGACGAUCCGGUCCGACCCGGAGACAGGCGCCAUGUACCUGUACAUGAAGACGGUGGAACGGGCGCACAUGCCGAGCAAAUGGUGGGAGCGGAUACGGUUGUCGUCGAACUACGCGAAGGCUUUGGAGCAGCUGGACGAGCGCCUGAUCUACUGGCCGAAGUUCCUGGUGCAUAAGUGCAAGCAGCGUCUGACGCGGCUGACGCAGGUGGCGAUCCGGAUGAAGAAGUUGGCGAAGGAGGACGAGAGACUUGGGGAGGCGGUUGUGGCGAAGUUGGCGCCGAAGAUUCGGCGGAGAGAGGAGGCUAGAGAACGGAAGGCGGAGAGUGCGGCGAAGAUUGAGAGGGCGAUUGAGCGCGAGCUGAUUGAGCGGUUGAGGAGUGGAGCGUAUGGUGAUCGGCCGUUGAAUGUUGAGGAGGGCAUUUGGAAGAAGGUGCUCCGUGGUUUGGAGAGGAGUGGAGAGGGUGAGCGCGAUGAGGAUCUGGAUGAUGGGGAGGAGAUUGAGGAAGAAGAGGAAGAUGAGGAGGGUGUUGGGCAGGUUGAGUAUGUCAGUGACAUUGAUGAGGACGACGAGGAUUUGGAGGAUAUUGAGGACUGGAUUGGUGGGGAGUCGGGAGACUCGAGUGAUGAUUAUGAUGAGAGUGAGGAGGAUGAGAACAGUGAGGAUGACAGCGAGGAGGACGACAGCCACCACAGCGAGGAGGAGUCGAAGAAGCCUAAACCUGGUUUCAAGCGGAAGCGUCCUGCUCCUCAGAUCAAGCCGAGGAAGAAGGGUCCCCGUGUUGAGAUCGAGUACGAGACCGAGGGUCCUGGCAAGGAGAGUGUUCUGGCUUGA